AUGCCAAACGGGUCAAGUAUACCGGAUCCUCUCGUCGUGCUCGACCUACCGUCGGAAUUUCCGAGAAUCGACGAACGUUUCAUGACCAAGCAAUACGAGUGGCUCUUUCUCAAUGUUUUCAUCCCGGAGAAUAUGGACGGUAGGAAGAACAUCUUCCAUGGUCUCAACGGUCUUGCCAUGCACAACAACAAGACUGGCAAGACGCGAUAUUUCUAUGCGGGAGAUAAUUCGUUGUGUCAAGAACUGAUCUUUAUUCCUAGGUCUGUGGAUGCUCCCGAGGGUGAUGGCUGGGUCAUGACGCUGGUCGAGCGACGCGCCGCUGGCCGGUGCGACGUUGCCAUCAUUGAUACCCGAGAAUUUGAAAAGUCGGUGGCAAUCGUUCAGCUACCGUUCCAUGUCAAGGCUCAAAUCCAUGGCAACUGGGUCCCAGCUUCGGCCCUCAAGGCCCGGAAAAGUCUCGUCAGGGAGAUUGGUGAAGUCAAGAUCAGUGGCUUGGGCGCUCUCGAACCUAUGAUUUAG